GACUCAUAAUACUCAAUUACUUAGCUUUCAUAAAGUUUGACAGAUUAGAUAAGAUUCUUGUGUUGUGUUAUAAAAGUGGGCCGCAUAACAUCUUCCUCAGUUGUGGUCGACGCGCGUAGGUAACUGAAGUGUUUGUGAUAAACUAUGGCGCCAGUAGUAACACAAAUAGUUGACCCCGUCACCAUAGGCGAGGGUCCGCACUGGGACAGCGAGGACAAUGCGCUGUACUUCGUCAGCAUCAACGACCACACUAUACAUAAGUAUAAACCAGAUACAGGCAAACACUUUAAGGCUAAGCUAGACGAUGGUGCUCAUUUCAUUCUACCUGUUGAGGGAAAGAAGAACCACUUCCUGAUCACUCAAGGCCGUAAAGUGGUGGAGAUCAAGUGGUCCGGAGACGAGAAAUCUCCCAAGAUACUGAGAACUAUUACAGAGGUCGAGCACGAACAUCCAACAAACUCACUUAAUGAUGGAAAGGCUGAUCCUUUAGGAAGACUGUUUACUGGUAGCUUGACUGGAAAUUUUGAUCCAAACAGUGCGAAGACAGCCGCCCUGUACCGCAUAGAUCCUGACGGUACCACCACUAAGCUGGCUAGUGACGUGCAAUGCUCCAACGGCCUGUGCUGGGACCUCAAGGAGAAGGCCUUCUAUUAUAUAGACUCUAUAACAAGAGUCAUCCAAAGAUACGACUAUGACGCGGCUACCGGACACAUCUCAAACCCCAGAAGUGCGUUUUCAUUAAUAGAACAUGGUUUGAAAGGAUCCCCGGACGGUAUGACCAUCGAUACCGACGGGAACCUGUGGGUCGCAGUCUUCGGGGGAUCAAACGUUUUAAAGAUUGAUCCUAGAAAGAACACACUUCUGGAAACGCUGCCUAUACCGGUACCUCAGGUGACGUCAGUGACCUUCGGAGGUCCAAACCUGGACAUCCUGUACGUGACUACUGCUUGUAUAGACUUCGGAGGAAAGCCAGAUCCCCCUUCGGGCGCCACGUAUGCUGUUACAGGGCUCUCUGUUAAGGGACACCCGAAUCUUAGAGUCAAGAUGCAUAGAUAAAUCGGAGAGGGCCUUAAGUUUUCUCCGAUAACCCAAUGCUAUUGCCUGUCCACUGCAUCGACGGAGAGAGUUUUAAUUUUUAAGGAUUAUUUUAUAAAACCGAUUAAUUGUAUUUUUACACAUA